CCGACUCGACACCACCGACAGGGAUGCAGCGAGGGCGCAGCGCAGCCUGAAAAAUGGCACCACCACGCGUCCUGUGGAUCUAUCCAUCCUUUUCCCUCCUGUCCUGCCUGCUUCUACUUUUUCAGACCUUGUCGCCGUGUCGAGCUUUACGGAAUUACCCGGAGAAUGAAGUCACACUGCUGGACUCCAUGUCAGCCUUGGCCGACCUGGGAUGGGAGGCUUACCCGAAUGAAGGGUGGGAGGAGAUCAGCGUAAUGGAUGAGAGGAACACCCCGAUGAGGACCUACCAGGUGUGUAACGUCAUGGAGGCCAACCAGAACAACUGGCUGAGGACGCGCCACAUCAGCCGAGAAGGAGCCCAGAGAGUCUACAUCGAGAUCAAGUUCACCCUUAGGGACUGCAACAGCCUGCCAGGGGUCCCAGGAACCUGCAAAGAGACAUUCAACAUGUACUACUAUGAGUCCAACAAUGCAAACCUGUGGUUCAUCAAGGAGAGCCAGUACGUCAAGAUUGAUACUAUCGCUGCAGAUGAGAGUUUUACACAGGUGGAUGUUGGCGACCGUGUGAUGAAGCUGAACACAGAGGUGCGGGACAUCAGCAACCUGAGUAAAAAAGGUUUCUACCUGGCCUUCCAGGACCUUGGUGCCUGUAUCGCCCUGGUCUCUGUCAGGGUCUUCUACAAGAAGUGUCCCCUCACUGUGCUUAACUUGGCCCAGUUCCCUGAUACGAUCACAGGCGGAGACACGGCACUGGUGGAGGUCCACGGUGCGUGUGUUAACGCCUCGGAGGAGUUUGAGGCUCCAAAGAUGUACUGCAGUGCAGACGGAGGCUGGCUGGUUCCCAUCGGGAGGUGUGUGUGCAAACCUGGCUUUGAGGAGAACAAGGACGUCUGCCAACCCUGCAGACCGGGUACCUACAAAGCUUCGGCCACAGAUGCGUACUGCACCAAAUGUCCUCCUCACAGCUCGUCCUCGCAGGAACAAGCCGUCGAAUGUGUCUGUGAGAAAGCUUUCUACCGAGCUGAGACCGACCCACGCUCCAUGGCCUGCACACGUCCUCCGUCUGCUCCAGAGAACCCGAUCUCCACUGUGAACGAGACCUGCGUCAUGUUGGAGUGGUCCCCACCCAGAGACACAGGAGGCCGAGGAGACAUCACCUACAGCCUCCACUGCAGGAAGUGCUCCGGAGACGGCAGGAAGUGCACGCCCUGUGGCAGCAGCGUUCAUUUUGUUCCCAGACAAUUUGGUCUCAUGUCGGCCUCGGUGCUGGUCACCGACCUGCAGCCGGAUUCAAACUACAGCUUCACUGUCGAGAGCCAAAACGGCGUGUCGGACCUAAGUCCCACACCAAGAGGAACUGUCGUCAUCAAUAUCACGACAUCACAGACAGUGAGCGUGGUGUUGAAGGAGAGGCGGAGCAAGGACAGCGUGACCUUGGCCUGGCAGGGUCCAGAGAGACCCAACGGAGUGAUCGUGGAGUAUGAGGUCAUCUACUACGAGAAGAAUCAGCGGGAGCAGAACUACACCGUGUUGAAGACUCGCUCCAACAUGAUGACAGUGGACGGGCUGAAGCCGGGGACCACCUACGUGUUCCGGGUCAGGGCUCGAACAGAUGGGGGCUACGGGAGCUACGGAGGAGAGAUCGAACUGGAAACCAGCCACGAAGAUGUUUUUGCUAUCGGGGACCCAAACCAGUCCACCAUUCUGGCUGUGUCCAUCGCUGGGGGAAUCGUUCUCCUAGUCUUCCUUGUGACUUGCUUCGUUGUCAGCGGAAGGCACUGUGGAUACAUUAAAGCCAAGCAGGACCCUGAUGAAGAGAAGAUGCAGUUCCAACAUGGACGAGUGAAGCUUCCAGGCAGCAGGACCUACAUCCAUCCUCACACCUACGAAGACCCCAACCAGGCUGUCAGGGACUUUGCCAAAGAGAUCGAUGCUUCCAAUAUUCGCAUAGAGAGAGUCAUCGGAGCUGGAGAGUUUGGGGAGGUGUGCAGUGGUCGACUGCGUGUUCAGGGAAAGAGGGAGAUAUACGUGGCCAUCAAAAGUCUGAAGGCGGGAUACUCGGACAAGCAAAGGCGGGACUUCCUGUCUGAGGCCUCCAUCAUGGGACAGUUUGAUCACCCCAACAUCAUCCGGUUGGAGGGAGUUGUCACAAGAUGUAAGCCGGUGAUGAUCAUAACCGAGUUCAUGGAAAACGGAUCUCUGGACACUUUCCUCAAGAAACAUGACGGCCAGUUCACAGUGAUCCAGCUGGUCGGCAUGCUGCGUGGCAUCGCCUCAGGGAUGAAGUACUUGUCGGACAUGAGCUACGUUCACAGAGACCUGGCAGCUCGAAACAUCCUGGUCAACAGCAACCUGGUGUGUAAGGUGUCGGACUUUGGCCUGAGUCGUGUUCUGGAGGACGACCCAGAGGCUGCGUACACUACAAGGGGAGGAAAGAUCCCCAUCAGAUGGACAGCUCCAGAGGCAAUAGCCUACAGGAAGUUCACCUCAGCCAGCGAUGUGUGGAGCUACGGUAUCGUCAUGUGGGAGGUGAUUUCAUACGGAGAGAGACCUUACUGGGAGAUGUCCAACCAGGAUGUCAUCAAAGCAAUAGAUGAGGGCUACCGUCUGCCCGCGCCGAUGGACUGUCCCGUGGUGUUGCAUCAGCUCAUGCUGGACUGCUGGGAAAAGGGACGCAGCGAGAGGCCAAAGUUUGGACAGAUUGUCGGAAUCCUGGACAAGCUCAUCAGAAACCCAGCCAGCCUCAGAGAGCUGGCUAACAGCUCAGCAUGCAGGGAGGACCCGUCCACCCCAGAGUUCAGUGUGAGCACAGUGGACGAGUGGUUGGAGGCCAUCAAGAUGGGCCAGUAUAAGGAGAAUUUUGCCAGUGCUGGAUAUGUCAGCUUGGACUCAAUCCUCUACAUCAGUGUCAGUGAAUUGGCUAAAAUGGGUGUAAAUCUGGCCGGCCAUCAGAAGAAGAUUUUGUCCAGUGUGCAGAGCCUGCAGACCCAGGGGACGCACAUCCAAGUAUAACAGUUUCCACAUAAACACACAGUGGGACAGAGCCAAAAUGGAUGCUCCUGUGAAGAGUUUCCGCUCUGAAAUGGAGUUUUAAUGGAUACUCUGUACUCUGGCCUGACUUUGAUUUUGACACACACUCAGAUGGAGACAACACAGACGCUUGACUCCUUCACUACUUUCUCGCAGUUUCACCAUUCUUCCCAUCCUUGAUUCGAUGGGCACUACCGGCUUCAGCACUCAGAAUCCCAGCAACACAGCCACCACUACGAUGCAACAAAGCCCCGACCAUUUCACAUCAUAUGAGCUCAAGAAAAAAAAAAAAGAUUUUUAACUAAUGAAAUGACAAAAAAGUAAUAAGAAUAUAAUUAUCAUCACUGUCUGUGAAGUGUACAGUUGGUUUUUACUGUCAUUUUGUUUCCAUUUCUAAUUUUCACUUUGAAGAGUUUAAAAAGGGUCAGAGGAUAUGUAUAUGUGUAGAUAUAUGUUUAUAUGGGCUGUGUGUCCCACAACCGUAGAGAUGGACCUAACGUUUGUAUUGUUGGUGAGGUUUGUUUAACGCUCAACCUAAAAAGGAGUCAUUACCCAGUACAUGUGGCCCCUUUAGAUGCUCUCUAGAUACAGAGAGCCAAUGAACGAGCCAGAGUCUGGUUGACAUGAAUGUGUGGGGUGAGGGGAACAGGAAAAUGGACCUUUAGAGAUAGACAGGGAUGUAGAUUUUGCUAGCUUUGCUUGCUAUAUUUGACCAGGACAAGGGCUUCCUGAGCCACUACAGUCAGACACACUUCCACAGCAACCCUAGUGCACGUUAUGCUAGUCUGCUUGCACUUCAGUUUUAACAGAGUGCACAGAAACAGCACAAUAGACUUUUAAUCUUCCAUAACUGACUGUCUUUACAAAGCAGCAUUUACUAAAUCAGCUGUUGCAGUAUGAUGUUGUUGGGGAUUUUAAAACCCUAGAGUUUGCCUUCCUAUGUUUCAGGUGUGUUAAGAAAGUUCAGGUGUUUUGCGCAGAGCAAAGGCGGUGCCAGAGAGGUACUAUUAAGAACAUGUAAAUUGGUUUUCCAGUGUUGUGCCAUGUACAAUUACCUUGACAUGUUGGGCAGUAUUAAAAGUCUUACUAUGCUCUUUCCUUUUAUCCAUUCCUAAGGCUUGGAUGUAACACAAGACCAGUUGUAGUGAUCACAGUAUUUUUCCCAAAUAGUCUGCUUCAUGAAAAGGAGCAUCGGAAUGGACCCUUUUUGCCAAGAUGAAAUAUACAGGGUUGAUUUUCAGAUGGUUAAAUUUCACUUUUAAAAGAUAACUUAUGUGUAUUGUACUGUCUCACCUUCUUUUUAUCAGUCAUGCAAACCUAUUUCAAGCAUCCUUACUUUCAAACAGGUACCCAUGAGAUAUUUAGAAGAAAUGUUUACAGCAAAAAGCAAAUCCAUUGGUUUGUUUGUAUUCACUCGCUGCUUUUCACAUUAAUUACAGAGGUCGAAAUGAUGAAACCCUCUCUGUAAGCACUGCAUCAAUGGCACUGAACCUGCUUUAGUGUUUUUCUCAAACUCAGUUUUAAUAUAUGUGGUACUCUAUAGGACCAACGUGGCAUAUAGUACAGUAUAUAUGAUUGUAUUAUAGUGUAAAAUAUGUACAGUGUUGAUUUCCAAUGUUAGAAUGUUUGUAAUGAUAACGAUGAUGACUAUGAUGUACUUUUUUUGUGGAAAGUAAUUUCUGAAGUACUCGUUUAGGGGCGGGUCAAACAGGAGAAAAGUGAAGAGAGGUGAUUUGGUCUAAACAAAGGAAUGUAGCAUGGUGCAAAGCUUUGGCUUUGAUUGGCAGGUGACAGUGACUGCAGUUUAAACCAUAGGGUUAGAAUGAGUGGAAUGGACCUUUGUUACAGAUACUCUCGAGUCAUUUGCAAACCUCUCCAGACCAGUGGUUACGUGCACUUUCUAAUCCUGCGUCAGGCUACAACACAAACUGUAAAACUGGAUAAAGGACUGGAAAGAAGAAGUUGACCUUACACUAAACCUUAACACUUGGUGAAAUUGACUGAAAUGUUGAAAGACAUACAGGAAAACACUCAACGCUUCAGCGUACAUCUUACGUUUCUGCUUUGCUAGCUUUAUGAACUGUGUUGCUGCUCGAUUUUGUGACCGACCUCAUCUCCCAAGCAACAACAUCUCACCGCCUAUUGAACUACUUUUACAACAAUCCUCAGCCCUUUAUUAUCAACAUCAACUGCCCAGCAGUAAUGCUUUAAAACCACAGGCAGUGAUUAUAGAAUCACAGCCUCUCUUAAAUAAAGCUAACAUUAAUUAAAAAUCAUAUCAAUGACUGUCAAGCCUUAAUGCUUGACAGUGAGUCAGCAGCUAACACCCUUCCUUUGCUGUAGCUGAAACAAAAGCCGUCUUGUCCUUUCAUGCUACUCGCCCCCAUGUGCGGCGUACCAUUAAAUAGGGUUUAUGUGACUCAAGGGGUUUUGAUUAGUACACAAAUAUUGACAUUCAUUGAAUAUUAUAGGAACCUCUGGGAUAGAGAGCUCGACAAGCAUAGCAUCAGUCACUGCUGGGUUUAGUGUUCUGUCACUUGGGGAAGAAGAACGAGGCUUUUAAUUUAUGGUUUGUCCGUCCUAUUGUUUCAAAGUUUGUAAAAUACUGGCGUCAAAUAUAAAGAUAUGUUAAACAGCAAUACACCUUUGUACAACAACAACAAAACAAGAGAUUAAAAACAGUUUCUAAACCACUGCUGUUUUGUUAGAUAUGCAACACAUAAAAAUACAAAAGCGAUCCUUAGUGUCUGGUAUUGUCGGUACGUUCUACUCAUGCUAACUCUAUGUCUUCACUCUAGCGGACAACCUUUGACCGCUGGCCUUUUAGAUGCCUUAUUUACUGAGCUAUUGUUAUUUUCUGUUGCCCUAUAGAGGCGAUAUUAAGAGUAAAGUGUAUGUACAGGUAGUAUUUAUCUGUGUUCUUAAGAUGAUCUCACAAUGACACCCUGGUUUUGUUACAUCCUAGAGACCCCAUCCAACAGCACUUUCACUUUGAUUUCUCUGAACUGAAGAGACAUUUUGUUCUGAAAAUGUGUGAUGAAGCUCAUGAUUUGAAGUAGUGGUUAUAGAAAUUAACAGAAUUGUUCUUAUUUAUUUGUCUUGGAAGAUAUUCGUUGAUCAGAAUGAUAUGCGGAAUACGGUGUGGUGGUUAGCUUAUGAUUUUAAAACGAUUUGCGGUGGCAAAUUUCACGUGCAAGGUUCCUCAUGGUCUGUCUGGAUUAGAAAAAUGACAAUGUCCUCUUCUAACGAAAGCUUAUGAAACACUCCCACUUAAGAAAUUUUAAGAAGAAAUCAUACCCACACUUUCAACGAUUUGUGUCACUAAUCACCCUUUAAAGGUCAGUUAUGUGGGUUGGUUUGCUUGAUUCAAAAUUCCAGUGUUUGUCCUCCAUUCCCCACCAGAGAUCUGUGUUGUAAAUGUGCGAGUGAUUCUCCGUGGAGGAUCUCUCUUUCUCUCUCUCCUCUUUCUUUGGCCACCGUACAAUGCUUAUUUGUCCCCAUGCCAGUUUCCUCUGCGUUGCUUGUUGUAAAGGGUGUAGGCAUUCUAAUGUCUUUCAUGUUGCUGUAAUAAAUAUGCUAAUAUUUCUAAUUUCUCA